AUGUCUUACUCGCCCACCGCAGUUCGAUUCUUCACUGCGCCCAAACCACUGGGGGAUACGAUGGAGACCGACUCGUCAAAAACGAACGGGACAGAGUCCCAGGGUCAUACGGUUGUGAGACCGAAUGUGCCGACCGAGCAGCCUUCCUCGAAUGGGGUGGAGGCCCUCAAUCCCAAAAAACGAGGCUUAACAUUUACCAACCAAGAUUCGCUGCCGAAACUCCCAAUUCCGGACCUUGAAGAGACCUGCCGCAGACAUCUCGACGCGCUUAUUGCGCUACAGACGCCCCGAGAACACGAAGAGACCAAAGCUGCAGUGAGAGACUUUCUCAGGACCGAUGGGCCGAUUCUCCAGGAGAAGCUCAAGAACUAUGCCACAUCGAAAACAAGCUUCAUUGAACAGUUUUGGUAUGACUCGUACUUGAAUUUUGAUAACCCUGUCGUUUUGAAUCUGAACCCAUUCUUUUUGUUGGAGGAUGACCCCACCCCUGCGCGAAACCACCAGGUAACCAGAGCAGCCUCAUUGGUGGUUUCCGCGCUCUCUUUUGUGCGAGCGGUGCGGAAAGAGGAACUUCCCCCUGACACCGUUCGCGGAACACCACUGUGCAUGUACCAAUACUCACGACUUUUUGGCACCGCUCGACUCCCCACGGACAAUGGCUGUGUUAUUAGCCAAGAUCCGUCUGCCAAGCACAUGGUUGUCAUGUGCCGAGGCCAGUUCUAUUGGUUUGAUGUAUUAGAUGACAACAGCGACUUGAUAAUGACAGAGAAAGAUAUCGCGCUCAACUUGCAUGUCAUCGUUGAAGAUGCUGCACAGACGCCAAUUCAGGAAGCCGCCAAGGGCGCAUUGGGCGUUCUCAGCACAGAGAACCGAAAAGUAUGGUCGGGCCUGAGGGAAAUAAUGACGAAAGAUCAGUCCUCGAACAAUGCGGAGUGCUUGAACAUUGUUGACACGGCUCUUUUUGUGCUGUGUCUGGAUGAUACCGAGCCAUCAACCACCGCAGAGCUUUGCGCGAACAUGCUAUGUGGCACGAGCGAAGUCAUUAAGGGCGUGCAGGUUGGAACCUGCACCAAUCGAUGGUACGAUAAGUUGCAAAUCAUUGUUUGCAAGAAUGGCAGUGCCGGAAUCAACUUUGAACACACGGGUGUGGAUGGUCAUACCGUGUUGCGUUUUGCUAGCGAUGUUUACACAGAUACUAUCCUUCGUUUUGCAAAGACCAUCAAUGGUCAAGCACCCAGCCUUUGGGCGACUACAAGCCCAGACCCCGCGAAACGUGACCCGCGCAGCUUUGGGAACAUUAGUGCCACUCCACGGAAGCUUGAGUGGGACAUGACCCCUGAACUUCAGAUUGCACUUCGGUUUGCGGAGUCUCAUCUGUCGGACCUACUGUAUCAGCAUGAGUUCCAAGUGCUAGACUUCGAGGGGUUUGGCAAGAACUUUAUCACGUCCAUGGGAUUCUCUCCAGAUGCAUUUGUGCAGAUGGCUUUCCAAGCGGCCUAUUACGGUCUCUAUGGUCGUGUGGAGAACACAUAUGAGCCUGCCAUGACGAAGUUCUUCCUACACGGGCGGACGGAGGCUGUGCGAACGGUGACACCCGAAACUGUCGACUUCGUCAAGACCUUCUGGGGCGAAAACCCUGCAGAGCAGAAAAUCGAUGCACUACGCACUGCAACCCAAAGACACACGGCCAUCACCAAGGAAUGCUCCAAGGGCCAGGGCCAGGAUCGCCACUUGUAUGCUCUGUACUGCCUUUGGCAGCGAUCGUUUGAAAGUCUAUUCCACGAUAGUAGCUCAACAGGGGGCUAUUCAAGCCCCAGCGAGGGACACGAAUCCCCCAGAUUCUCUGAGCCCUCAGAGGACGGGUUUUCAUCCCCGAACAGCGGCAGUAUUCGCGGAAUGCGCACAGUGCCAAUGCCUACGCCCACUAUCUUCAGCGAUGCUGGCUGGGAUAAGAUCAACAACACGAUUUUGUCCACGUCCAAUUGUGGCAACCCAUGCUUACGACACUUCGGGUUCGGUCCGACUUCAGCGGAUGGCUUCGGCAUUGGAUACAUCAUCAAAGAUGAGUCGAUUUCGUUCUGCGCGUCGUCCAAACACCGACAAACAGCGCGCCUUAUGCACACCCUUGAAUCGUACCUAUUUGAGAUCCGCAAACUCUUGCGCGCCACCAAUCGCAAGGCCGCCAGCCCACGUACCAGUAGGGCGCGAGAAACCGAGAUGCUAGCUGAAAGGCUACAGAUGGACUCUCAACGACGCGGUCGGAUUGUUCGCAGUGAUACCCGGGGCACUGAUACACCCAAUACAACGACGGAUAGUGGUGAAAUAGAAGAUGAUGGAAUGGGAGGAUAUGGUUUCUUUGAUGCAGGAAUGCUUCUCCAUGCGCUGAAGGGCAUCAGUGCAGAGCGAGAGCAACGCAGAGAUCAACCCGCCAAGAGGAAAUUUGUUGGCAAAAAAUUGCAUCUCAAUGAAUAUUAA